AUGUCGUGGGAGGACACUCGCCUCAACCUCACCGGCCUCAAGUUCAUCGCCGGAAGACAAGGCGAGGACGACUACCUGUCUCUCCCUGCUUACGUCAUCGACUUCAUCUGGGUGCCUGACCCUUACGUCACCAAUUCCAAGGAUGCGGCCAUCACGAAGCUGACGACCACCUACGCCUCGGUGACCCUCUACAAGAACCACACCAUAAGGUACUCCGCUCGCGUCUACAGCAUCAUCGGGUGUCAGAUGGAGUUCCACGAGUACCCGAUGGAUGUUCAGACGUGUUCCAUGAUCAUGCAGAGCUUCAUGUAUUCUCCUGACGAAGUGGAGUUCUUCUGGCGUCGCUGGUCGCCUGUGCUCAUCAACAAGGACCUCAAACUACUGCAGUUCUCGCUCACGAAGCCCUUGAAGAAUUCGAUUAAUCAGUCGACUUCGGAUGAGCUCGCUGGAAAUCGUCCGGUGCGUCAGCUGAUUGUGGAAUUCCAAUUCUCCCGCGAGAUCGGACACCACCUCGUCCAGACCUUCGUCCCGUCGUUCCUCGUGGUGGCUUUGUCCUGGUUUAGCUUCUGGCUUGGUCUAGAGGCCAUCCCAGGUCGCGUGACCCUCUUGGUGACCUCGCUUCUCACGCUAACGACCCUGUUCACGGGUAUUAAAGAGGGGUUACCUCCCGUGGCGUAUGUCAAGGCUAUCGACGUGUGGAUGGCUGGUUGUAUGGUCUUCGUCUUCGCUGCCUUAGGGGAGUUCGUCGUGGUUCGUGUCCUGAACGUGAUGCACCAGCAGCAUAUAGUGCAUCCGACCAUCCCCGUGCAGCCAGCCCAGUCUAUGCUGACUAGACUGUCCCAAACCCUCAUGCUGACCAUCCCAGGCACAGGUCGACACACCUCGCUUGCUUGGUCCCUUUUGCAGAAGAGGUCGCUGGAGCAGGAACUUCGCACUUCCUCCGCCUCUCCGACCGACAAACACGAACAAGCGACAGAAUACCUGCGUCGGUACGGUGUCUUGUCUCACUCCGACACGGAAGGCAGCGGCACCAAAACACUGCAGGGACAGAACCACAAGCUUACGGACCUGGCGCACGGCGAGAACGGCGCCCCUCGCCGCCCUCCCACUCGCUCCGCCCUCCGCUCGGCGUGGGACCUCGAGCAGGGUGGCGUCCAGCCCCUCUCCAGCAAGCAGGUCAUGGGGCGUCUCAGCCUCCACUGGGUCGACGUCAAAACAGGAGAGAAGAAGAUCCUGUGGAAGGAGAUCGACAAGGCGUCAAGGAUCGUCUUUCCUUUGAUGUUUCUUUUGUUUAUGGUGAUUUACUUCCCCAUUCUUAUCUCGAGGUCCUUCUGA